CCUACGCUAAUUAUACUCGAGACGUUUUAUCAAUAUAAUAUUGCUAUUCGUUGCAUUAGAAACGGACUGACAGAAGUCAUAUUUAUUUAACAACUACGUGGCAGUUUUUAGUAAAUUUGUAUUCAAGACAAUUGCUCUCAUUUUAGUUUUUUAUAUUUUAUCGACAAAGACAAACAAGAUUCCUUAGGUGGAUCGCGCAAUGUACGAGAAGAAGAAAAAACCCAAUGUUAUGCGAGCACUUAUACUUGUAGGAGGUUACGGUACGAGACUACGUCCAUUGACACUUAGUAGACCCAAGCCCUUGGUUGAAUUUGCAAAUAAGCCUAUGCUAUUUCAUCAAAUUGAAGCGUUGGUAAAAAUUAAUGUAACCGAAGUGAUAUUAGCUGUAUCUUAUAGAGCCGAAGAAGUGGAAAAGGAACUUUAUGAAAAAGCCGAAAAAUUGGGUGUCACUCUUAUAUUUUCACACGAAUUACAACCUCUUGGAACAGCUGGACCUCUUGCACUGGCAAGAAAUAUUUUAUCCUCUGACGACACUCCAUUCUUUGUUCUCAAUUCCGAUAUUAUAUGUGAUUUCCCUUUCAAACAACUUUUCCAAUUCCACAUAAAUCAUGGUAAAGAAGGUACUAUCGUUGUAACUAAAGUCGAAGAACCAUCAAAGUAUGGGGUUGUUAUUUGCAAUGACGAUGGUCAAAUAAAUAGUUUUAUCGAAAAACCUGUGGAAUUUGUUUCAAAUAAAAUUAAUGCAGGAAUGUAUAUACUUAACCCAAGUGUAUUGAAAAGAAUAGAAUUACGUCCUAUGAGUAUUGAAAAAGAAGUAUUUCCUAAUAUGGCAAAGGAAGGUGAGUUAUAUGCAAUGGAACUUUCCAGUUACUGGAUGGACGUGGGUCAGCCUAGAGAUUUUCUUACAGGUAUGGGCUUACACUUGAAUUUUUUGAGACAAAUGGCACCAGAAAAACUACAUGACGGACCCGGUAUUGUUGGAAAUGUUUUAAUCGAUCCUACAGCUAAUAUAGGGAUUGGACCAAAUGUUACAAUUGGUCCUGGUGUUACCGUUUCUGAUGGAUGCUGCGUUAAACGAACAACCAUUUUAAAAGAUGCUGUUGUCAAAGAACAUUCUUGGCUUGAUAAAUGUAUAGUGGGUUGGAAAAGUGUGGUUGGACGUUGGGUUAGAAUGGAGAAUACAACCGUCCUUGGAGAAGAUGUGAUUGUCAAAGAUGAACUUUACAUAAAUGGAGGACAGGUAUUACCACACAAAAGUAUUGCUGCAUCUGUCACAGAACCACAAAUUAUUAUGUGAAGUUAUAAUAACUAUAAUGUAUUUAAAGCAAAGACUGAUUAUUAACAAAGUUCUAUUAAAAAAAUUGUUAUAUGAAAUGUAUCAUAUUAAUCACGAUAAGUAGGCAUUAAAAUUGUAUACUUGUAAAUUUAUAAAUAUAAUUAUUAUAUUGAGAAAUAAUAAGUAAAUACAAUUUUUUCACAAGUUUGAACAUAAUGGCCAGUCUUUAG